CUCGAAUGGAGCUAAAUCAGCAAUCAGCUGGACGAGUGCAAAAAGUAAACAUAAACUACAAACCUAAUAAAAUAAACUAAAAUACAAAAUACGUAAUUAAUUGUUACGUAAUAUUUACGCUGAGAUAUAUUGACGCUGAUUACAUUUAUAAUUAACCGUUCAGUCUAUUAUGGGAUAUUAUCCCAGGGAUAAUAAGUAUGGGUUGUCUUGAAUUCGAUCGGUUUUAAAAUGGAAUAAUCGAAAUGGAGACUACUCAUGCCGACAACUUAAACCCAUUCAUUCGCCUCGUUAGAGAUGACCGUGUCGAGGCUGCUGUCAACGAUUGGAUGCGCAGGACACUAAUUAAACAAGAAACCCUAAUUAAGCAAGAAUGUGAAGAUCUCGACCCCGUUGAUUCAAAACUGGCCGGAGAUUACACUCUGGAGAAUGUUGCACACCUUUGUGUCGUCAAAACCGAGGCAGAAAGUAGUCACUCCACGGAAAACGUGGCUAUACCUGGAACCACCCUUUUCCCCCCUUGCAUCACAGACGACACCCUCCCUGCGGUCACCCUUCCACAUAAGGUGAUCAUCACGGGGGAUCGAGACGAUCUUUUCUUAGAUGACGAAGAUGCUGACAAUAUUAUGACAACAACGGAGUCCAGACCCUUGGCCAAAAACCUCCCAGUCAAACAUGUCCUCGUUAAUUCCUUCCGUGCCAAAGGUGUACAAAUAAAGCCCACUUCACGUCAACCCCAUCGCUCCCCCGCUAAUAAUCACACGACAAACUUCCAAACGGCUGCUGACUUCAGUCAAACUAAAGACAACGGCUACACGGAGCUGCAAACUUAUUACGACACGCACAAAGUUGAACGUUCCCAUGGCAAACUAAAAUGUGCCUGCUCCGUCUGCGGGAUGUGGCUACCGUCUCCCAGUGAUUGUGCCGCCCAUGAAGUCAUCAUGUGUGGAGUGACCCAUUCCCCCGACCUCUUGAUUGAAUUGGAUGUCACAAUAAUCAUAUGCAUUGUUGAGGGAUGUGGGAAAUUGUUUUGGAAACACAAAGAGUUCGAAAACCAUAUCUUGACCCUGCACAGUAGCGGGCGUGCUUAUGUGUGUGUCAUCUGUGGGGACAAAUUCAAACUAAUAAAAGACCUUAACCAGCAUACGAAAGAGUGCAAAUUUGCACAGGAGAGAAUCAGAGAAAAUGGUCAACUUCUCCAAGUACCUCAAGAAGAGGAGGAAUGGUCACCUUCGUCUUCCUCGGUCGACGAUUGUAAAGAUGUCAAAAUAAUGCCACCUGGGGAUCUUGGCUACCUGUGUUCUGCCUGCGGAAAAGGAUUUCCCUCUGAAAUGGAUUUGCUAGCCCAUGAAGUCGUCCAGUGUCGCGUGGUCUUUCCCCCCAAAAGUCCAGAGUUAGAUGUCAAGUUACAUGAAUGUAAGAUGGCGAAAUGUGGACAAUUUUUCGCCACAGAGACAGCGUUGCAAGAUCACGUUCUCGUCAGCCAUGACCCUCUGGGUGAAUUAUAACAAUGCAUUUGGUGGAAUAAUUCAAGAAGGAAAAGAAGAGGGAAAAGUCAUUUCGACUUGGACAUGAGAAUCCCAUGAAAGGACAGAGGAAUUGGACAAAAGAAUCGCAUGAAAAACAUUCAAAAGUUUUAUUUUCUGACAGUAAUUUAUUUCGUGAUUACUAAAUAUAGGGUUGUGCUCAAUAAAAUCUGUUGCUCUUUUUUGUAAAUUUUUGUACAUACAUAAACAUUAGCCAAUCUUUCUUUUUCUCAACAAUUAAGUUAGAGUGAACAUAAAAAUGAAUAAAUGCAUUUUUCCUUCGAGGUAAAA